CCCAACGCGAUCGCGCACCUCUUAACCCUUCAGCUUGCCACCAAACACUUGUCCAUCACCAUCUCUUGAUCCUUGUCGCCCACCAGAUAUCUGGUAGCCCGCGCUUUCUUGGAGCUAGAAGCAUACCCUUCUCGCGCACGUCGGGAGACCGCUACGGGCAUGAGCUCAUAGGUGCAUCGCUCGCCACCACCGCGAUGUGGUUCCCCUCCUUCCUCACCUUUCCCGUCUCCUUCCCGUCCAUCUCCCUCCCAGCCAACAUACAACGCCGCUUUCUUUCCUAUGUCUUGAAACGAGCUCUUGGCCGCUUCUUUCUCCCCUCUGGCUUCGACGUCGAGCGCAUCCAGGCGCAGCUCAGCGAGGGCCGUGUCGACCUGGACAAACUUGAAGUCAACGUCGAGGAAAUCAAUGCUCUCAUUCCUGAGGGCCUACCGUUCACUGUCAUCGGUGGCGAGGUCGCCAAAGUUUCGGCGCGCGUUCCGUUCCCUAAUCUUUGGAGCGACCCGCUGGCUCUCACCGUCGAUUCAGUGACCCUCGAUGUAUCCCUGGCCGCGGCCAAGGGAAGGCGCGGGCCACUGGGGCCAUCGGUGCCUCACAUCGAUCUGGCGAGUUCCGUUACUAGUGCAGCCGGCGACUUCCUCCACGAUGAGCUCGAUGCUUUCGAGGGCGCGGAACUUGACCGCACAAUCCGAGAAUCACUGAUUCUGAACCCGCCAGGUGACGUUCCGGGCGCCUUUCCCCCUUUCACGUCCGACAAUGGUGGCGGAUCUCCCGCAGCGGUCGAGAGCACGACAGUACUCGCGUCUCUUGUCGAGCGUGUCCUCGCGCGACUGCAGUGCCGCAUUUGCAAAAUUCGUCUACGCGUGCGCUACGAGCAUGAAGACAUAUUAGGCGUCCUCGAGCUGCGUAUCGGCGAGGUGCGUUACGCGGACGAGACACCCGAGACCGUCACGGGCGCCACGAAGACCGUGCGCGCCGUUAUAAUCUCCAACGUCGGCGUGUAUCUCCUUCCUAUCCCGAAGGAAGACGAACCACACCAGGUUCCGCUGAGUCGCAUGACGAGUGCCUCGUCGUACGAGUCGUCGCUGUCCGAUGAUGACGACUAUCAAGACAUGAUCAUGUCGCAAGCUGUCGCCGACCUCAGAGUGAGCUCUGCUCCUGCACCGCAGCCGCCAGCAGCGUCCUUCCGCAGCACACCGGGAUCAAUGUAUCAGAGCGCUGCGGGCUCGGACGUAUUUCAGAGCGCCCACGGGUCCGUGUUUCACAGUGCUCGCGGUUCGGGCAUGUUCAAGAGCACCAUGACGAGCGCAUCGGGGCGAAGCGUGUAUCAGAGCUUCGUGGAAGACCCAGCAGCCGAGCCGAUCUCCGCCUCGCGUCAAGAGCUACCGGCUGACCCGUUUGGCUCGCCUCAAGCAUCCCCAGAGGCUCGCAAGGGGCGCUCAAUUGAGUCAGCUCCAGCAGAUGAGCCGCCAACUGCGGGCUCGCAACGCACAAGCCGCUCCGCCACACCGGUGGCGUCCUACGAGCCGGAGGAGACACUUCUCAUGUCUUUUGGAACGGAAGAUAUCAUCUUGCGCAUGACGACUGCGACCACGAUGCCCCCAAGCUCCCGUGACUGGGCGCGGGAUCCGGGUUCCCCAAUGGCCAUGCCUCGAGUUGUGGACACGCCUGUGGCACCCAUUCCGUCAAUACGCAUCGAUAUGUCCGUGGGCAUGAUUGCUGUGGCCCUCCUUCCCUCACACGCGGGUUUCCUGCUCAGCUUGGCGCAAGCGGCGCUAGCUCACUCUGGCUCAACCGCACCCGUCCCGCAGGAGGUUAGCGUCGACCCACCCCUCUCCCAGCCGAAGUUUGACGCGGAACUUCGCAUCAAGGGCGUUUACGUCUCGCUAGUGUACGACCUCAACAAGCCUUCUGACGAGUACAAGUCCAUGGUGGAAAGUUAUUUCUCGCGCCCUGCAUCGGUAUAUCUCCCGAUCGGGCAUCUGCGUCUCAAGCUCGAAGACAUGGGGGCGGCUUACAGUGUUCCGGCCGCGAUCAAUAAGGUCACGCGCAAGCUGACACGCCGCCGCUCCACGGCUGGAACCAAGGGCACGGUUGUUAGUAUCACUGUCUCAACGAUUGCGGUAUUCGAGUAUCUCGCAUCGGCAGAAAGUGGGGGCGACGAGCCGCCGGGCGGCACCUUCCCUGUGCUCAUCUUUGAUGCUAACCUUCCCAAGCAGUAUGACGUGCCGCCUGGCGCACCGUCGAGCUUACUAUCAUCUAAUUCGCGAGCGCCCGCGAACCUCACCUCCUUUCCACAGUUUGACAGCAUCGACUGGCGGAAUGCGGGCCCGCAGAAGCCUGGCGCCGAGAAAGCGUGGCGAGUACGUCCCCGGAGUAAGGGAAUACUACGCGGAGGGUUCGGGGCAAGUCCGGAGCCUGUCGUUGCAGCUGUCGUUAUCCACAAGGACAUGGAUGACAACGAGCCGGCGACGGUGGAACUGCUCCCUGUGCACGUCUUUCUCGACCUCUCGUUGGUCGAGCGGUUGCUCCCCCUCCUUCGCUCCCUCGCGCCAGCUGUGCAGUCGUCAAGCGAGCACCAUACUCCGACCGCACCCCACGCAGCAUCACGACCGCUUACCUCGCUCCGACCUGCCGAGGACCCACCACACUUCGGGCGAAGAGGCUCCAUGGCAGCACCUCCUCGCGUGUUGUUGACUGUCCGCUGUCCGAUGAUACGUCUAGACAUCCGUUGCCCUGCACCACUCAGCCGCCGCGGGUCGUGGGGUGACGGCGCUCAUCUACGCUCCGGAAUAGUAACACUCGACAUCCAUGACCUUAACAUACGCGUCGCGGAGGACAAGCUUGAUGCGCGUCGUCAUCUCAGCCCCGAUGUUUCUGGCGGCAUCAAUGUUGAGUUUCAGAAAGUCGUGCUGCUUUUCAGUCGCGUUCCAGAGCAACGCUCAUCCGCAUUCCUGGUGAUAGGGCCACUCGCGCCGGACGAAGGUGACGAGGGUGUGCUUCUUCCAACGGUGAAUGUGCGCUCAGAACUGUCACCUUUAACUGGUGUCAAGACGCAGUCGGUGACCUGCAAGAUUCCCUGCAUCCAAGCCAAGAUACGGCAGUCGACGGUGGAAGGUCUACAAUUCUUCGCAGACGACAUGACCCAUUGGCUUGACGGAGCGUUUGGCGACGGAUCAGCUCCCAAACCUCGCGAUGAUCUCAAAAUGAUUGGCAGCCGAUUCUUUGGGUCCAAGUCAUCGUCUUCAGCCUCAAGUACAGGUGACUACGACGAUGAGGACGACUUUGGGUCUGCCACUUUGUUCCGCCUCGCUGUCAGUGAGGUCGAGGUCGCUUUACUGGUACCAAAAGUGAAGGGCGCGCUCGAGAGCUCUACCACCAGCGAGCGCAUCGUCUCCCUCCGCGCCUCGGAUAUGGAUGUCAAGUUGGAGUCGAACAGUACAAACAAGCAAGAAACGUCUGUGACACUUACAGCGAUGGACGCGGACUUGUUCCACAUGGCUGAGCCCGGAUCCAAGCCGCACCGGCUCUUCGGCCGCACGACACCGCUGAACUACAGCACGCACACCCAGCCACUAGUCCAUUUGCGCUUUUCGUCCCUCACGCGCGAGGACCGCUCCAAAGAGACCGGGAUUCGACUUUCAGCCAACGCGUGCACGAUUUACGUGACAAAGGAUCUGGAGUGGGUGCACGAUCUAGCCCUAUAUGCCAAGACGCCGGAGGGAGUGUUCGAGGACGUCGUGCCAAGCGAGGUGACGAAGGUUACACUGAGUGUAUACGACUGCUCGGUGCACGUUGCGGCUCCGACGAUGCCCGGAGCCCUGCUCGCUGUCAUGACAGCGAUAGAGGUGCGCACGGCCAUGGAGAGCGAGUCCGACGACAAUACCAUCGAUAUCGGUCUCUCUGGCCUGUACUUGCUAGCGAUUGACGACCGCGACUCGGCCACGCCGCUACAGCAUCACGCCAUGUCACUAGAAGCCUGGAAACGGUCAGGGUACGCCCAGCUCGUUGAGCUUGUUGUCCUCGACGGCCAGAUCGUCACCUCGAGCAUGCCUCAUUCCACCUUGCUCGAUAUCCAGCAUAGCCAGAUGCGCGUGACCGCAUGCGCAGACUCGUUCGCAACGUUAGGUGCGCUUGCAGGUGACCUCUCUAAACUCGCCCCCGCUUCGGGGGCACCGCCUGCGCCACGCAAGCGCACUAUGGCGCUGGAUAAGUCAAUUGAUGUGUUCGCGUCCGUGGACCUCGAUGCCUUCGGCCAGGCGCCCGAUGUCAUCUCGGGCGCGGACAUGAUAGAUGAUGACCUUCCAACCAACCUCGACUAUCUCGACCACGCUGCGGGUGCCAAGGCUCCGGCGGUUGACCGUCACACCGGCGAGACGCUCAGGUCGUGGGAGACGCCUGACGAGGCUCCACAGAUUCAAAACGACCUCGGUGGUGGCACGAUCAAGAUCUUCUCCUCGGAACCGUUUGAGGAGGAUCCUGACUACUGGAACAACCUGCCAGUCCUGAGCAAUGGCAUUGAAACUCGCAUGGGCAAGAUGCGCGUGCAGAUUCAGGACUGCUCGCUAUCGGUAUACCUGCAUGAUGGUUAUGACUGGCAGAAGACGCGCAAGGCGAUCGAGGACGAGAUCAAGGCGAUGCGACGGCGUCUCGAGAAGAUCCGUCAACUGCUUGCGUCUGGGCAGAAAGCGGAUGCGUCGGUCGACAUGACGAGCUCCGUUCUCUUUAACUCGGUAUACAUCGGUUUUGAAGGGCGCGAGGACAUGGACACGACGCAGCUCAUGGCCGCGAUCGACGAGGAGCUGCUUGACCUAGAGCCAGCUGAGUCGGACGCGAGCAGCUGGCAGACGUUCCCGGAUCCGGGCGCUGGAGCACAGCAUGCGCCUGCAUCGCGCAAAUCGAACGUGCGGCUGCGUGGCAAACGCUUGUCGCGCUCCAAGAAGGGUCAGAUUGAGUUCAGCGUCAACGGCCUGCGCGCCGACAUCGAUGUGUUCGGCGCGGACGACGCCACCGCCUCGCGCAUUCACGCGACAGUGCAGAGCUUUGAGAUUCUGGAUCACAUCAAGACGUCGACGUGGAAGAAGUUCCUGACGGAGAUGAAGGCUGACUCGCGCGGUAAUGUGCGCGAGACGGAUGCGGACAUGGUGCGGGUCGAAAUUACGAAUGUGCGCCCGAACCUCCCUUCGACGGAGGAGGAGAUUCGUGUCCGUGCCAAGAUUCUCCCGCUUCGCCUUCAUGUGGACCAGGACGCGCUUGAUUUCCUUAAGCAUUUCUUCAGCUUCAAGGCGCCCGGCGAAGAGCCUGUUAACGACAUGCCCAAGACGGAACCGUUCUUCCAACACGUCGAAAUCUUCCCAGUAGAGCUCAAGCUCGAUUACAAGCCUAAGCGCGUCGAUUACUCGGCCCUGAGACAAGGACGCACGAUCGAGCUCAUGAACUUUUUCCACUUCGAGGGCGCCGAGAUGACACUCCGCCACGUCACGCUAUCCGGCGUCACGGGCGGAACGCGACUCGGGGACAUGCUGCAGGACAUUUGGACGCCGGACGUCAAGUCGAAUCAGCUGGCGGACGUGAUUUCUGGGGUCUCCCCUAUCCGCUCGGUCGUGAAUGUGGGUUCCGGAGUCGCAGACCUUAUCUUGCUCCCGAUUGAGCAGUAUCGGAAGGAUGGUCGGAUCGCGCGCGGCGUACAACGAGGGACGAACAGCUUUGUGAGGUCCACGGCAAUGGAAAUGAUGAAGCUCGGAGCCCGUCUAGCAACUGGCACACAAGUAGUGCUGGAGCGGGCCGAGGGCGUGCUGGGACCCAAGCUCGGGGACAGCGUGGUAGUGGAGGCUACGGACGAGUCGGACGAGGAAGGCCAGCACAGCCGAUACCGCAAUCAACCGUCCAACGUGCAGGAGGGCGUCAAGGCUGCGUACGCCAGUCUGUCGUCGAACAUCAACUCGGCGGCGCAGACAAUCUUGGCUGUUCCGAUGGAGGUGUACGAGCGUGCUGGCGACGACGGACCACUACAGACGGUAGUGAGGGCGGUGCCGAUUGCCGUGCUCAAGCCUAUGAUUGGGGCGAGUGAGGCAGUGAGCAAGACGCUGUGGGGAUUGAGGAAUAGUCUAGACCCGCAGGGGCGGCAGGAGCAGGGGGACAAGUACAAGUAGUGGGGGGUUAGUGCAGAGUUUAGGCAUGUGUAUGUAUCGUUGUAUGUGUGAG